CCUCGAUCGAGUAGACUGGCUAGGUACAUAUGCCGCUUCCCUUUUUCUUUUCUUUUCCUUUCUUUUCCUCCUCAACUUAUCCAUUUAUUAAUCUAUUUUCGUUUUAUGCUCAAUAUCACAUUGUUAUUAUUAUUAUUAUUCUCUCCUCGUUUCCAAGUUCCCUUAUGUCCCGAGUUUAAGAGUUACUUUGGUCUGAAUCCUAAGGCAAUAACAACCAGAAACCUCCAAACACCCCAAGCCAGACAUAAUGUAAACUGCCCAUUCUCAAAACUGCAAAAAGCAUCCAUACACGUAAUAAACGUACUGAUAGUCAUAUAAAAAAGUGUAUAUUGCAGAAAUACCAAUACAAGAAACUCAAUACUCAGUCCCGUCCCAUGGAACCUUCACCUUCUGGAAUACGCACGACACGUGUGAACCAAGAACUAGGGAAGGUCCGUAUCCAACAAUCCUAUUGUUGCCGAAUCAAGAAACUGGUCUCCAGGUGGGGAAAAG